AAAAAAAAAAAACUUAGAAAAAUACGGGUUGUUUGAAAAUGACAGAAUAGACGACUCUCGUUGCAUUGAAUUUGAGUGAACCCCACACUCUCUUUCAAGUCUCAACGGCCAUCUCCAUUCUCUUCUAUCUCUUCUUCACAAAACUCUUUCACCCAUUUUUCCUCCAUUAAACAACAAACGACCUCGUAAGAAAAAUGUCAAACAUUUCCCCAAUCUUCUCCAUCUCCAACUCUCAACAUUUCAGCGACUAUGGCUUCGAUCCCCAACUCCACUACUUUCAGGUUAUGGAAGAAGCGAGGAAGCAUAAGAGAGAAACGUCAUCAAAAUCAUACACGAACGGUCUUCAAUUCAAGAUCCAGAAACCCAUUUCAAAAGACAACCCGACCCGGUCCACAAUGCACAACGACAAGAAGAAGAAACGGUGUUGGUGGAAGAAAGCUCUCCCUUUUUUCAAAUGGCGGAAAUGGCCAAUCUCCACCGUCGGCGUGAACGAAGAUCGUAGGGUCAGGAACUUUCGCUCCGUAACCGGGUCCAUGUCAAUGUCGGGUCCGAUUUACGCAACGGAGAGUCUAAUAAGUGGGUCGAACACACCGUAUCGUACAACAACGAGUAAACCUUCGUCGGGACCUAUAGCGGGAACAUUGACGCCGGCGAGGAAAGGUGACGUGGCGAUUCCUUAUCUGAGCUUACGAGAGCUUAACAUGGAGCAGCCACAGAGGAUUUCUAUCUCUUCUUCCCCAAUUUACUUGGUCACGUAAAAAGUUAACAACUCCUUACAAAAAGAACAAUUUAACUUUUCUUUUUGGUCGGGGAAAAAUAUUCAAUAGAAAAAUGUGAUGUUUCAUCUAUCUUUUCAAAAUUUGGUGAAAGCUGCAAAGUUUCAUCUAUCUCACGUGAAUCAAUUUAGUUGCCUCUUUUUAUAGAUAAUAGAUACAUGCAUGCUUGUAUUUAACAACUUCUGAAUAAUCAUUAUUUGGAUUUUUCAAGUCGUGAUGGUCGAAAGUGACUGGAACCGGUAAGAGUGGAUAUUCCUUUGUCUUGCACGACUCC